CAGCCAGUUAACUGGAUUCUUCUACGUUUUCACCAAAUUGAAGGGAAUGGCCGAUAAGAGAAGAGAUAGAAGAACGCCCUCAGGAACUUGGAGAAACCAAAACAGAAAGCCAGUUCUUGAUUCUGACGGUAAUAUUUUGUAUGUGAAAAAACAAUUUAGAUUUGAAGAAACAGGCAAGAAAAACCAAAACGGCCUUUGGUUAAUGACCGAGUUCUCAUCCAAAUAUGAAGGGCGUAAGGGAGAGUAUGUUCUGUGUAGAAUCUAUAACAAAGAUGCACUUGGAAGGAAGAGAGAAUAUUCUGUCGAGAAAGAAGAAGGAAACGGAAAAUCAAAGAAGAUGCGACAGGACAAUCUUGGCUAUGCCUACUGGGAGAAUGAGAAUUUUGGAGAUCCUAAUCCUAGCUUAGAGAGACAGGACAAUCUUGUUUCAGCCUACUGUGAGAAUGAAAAUUUUGGAGAUCCUAACCCUAGAUUAGAGAGAACUCCAGAACAUGCAGAUAAUGAUGAUUUACUGUUUUGGGAUGAUAUUUUAUUCUAUGAUCAGUGUCCUUAAAUUUUGAAGCUGAGAGCUAUCCAAUACUGCUCCAACUCCAAAACUUCACAAAGUGGGACAAUCACUUUUUAACUUCAAACUGUAAGUGUAAUUCUCUUUCAAAAAAAAAGUAUAAUUGAGUUUGAACUCCAACUUGUUAUAUAUAUAUACAUAUGGUGGUUC